AUGGAUUACGUUCGUUACACAGCUAUAGUGUCCCGAGAACUAGCUGUCUGUAUAAAAAUUCACUGUCGAGAAAUGGUGCACAAUGAUACGAAUCAACAUUUGGACAAUCUACUUUCCACUACUUCUGAUUCUACUACUACCAGAACUGCUGAUCCAAGCAUUGGAAUCAAGUUACCUACCCUAUCAUCUCUUAGGGCUACCACUGCUGGUGAUCAUCGUGAGGUUGUGUCAAAAUCCACAGAUAUCCAGCGACGUAAAUUAGAUGGUGUUUUGGCAUCUUCUGAUUCUGAUAAUGAACCUUCUCCCGAUAACCCAUCGCCUUCAGAUUCGUUUACAGAUAAACAAGCUCGAACUCUAGUGUCUCCCUUUUCUCACAGUUAUAAGGAUAAGGACAGACCCAGACUCCCACCUAUAUGUGGUGCCUUUCCACGCGGAUGA